GGAUACACGGGAAGGUCGAUUUUAUGUGUAGCCUCUGUAUGUGUGUAUAUCUUAUCAGUAGUACCACGUUGAUAAAUGAUAAUAAAGUUGGCGCGUUGAUAGAGAAAUUUAUUGUAAAUUGUUACAAUUCACGUGAUUAUAUUUUACUGAAUAUAUUUUCAUGAAACUUUGUAGUAUUCAAUUGAAAUAUAUGUAUAUACAUUGCUUAAAUGAUGUCGAAAGGCAUGGUGAGGUGUUUACGCGUGCUAUAACGUGCUAACACGAGAAACUGAGUCUGAGAAAGUGGUCCACAUUCGGUGUUUCUCUAAGCAGAAAUUUUUAUGAGUAACAAUGGUACGAAUUGUAUUUCGAAACGGCCAGAAGUUUCUUUGGAUUGGCAGUGCCUGUAUCGGUACAUACAUCGCGUACCGAUACUGGAAAAAACGGGAGCUUCUGACAAUAGACGAAGGUUUUGAAGAGGUGUCCAAGAUUGAUGACACUCAUGAAAAAAGAGUGGUUGUUUUGGGUUUAGAUGGAGCUGGAAAGACUUCUAUUAUAAAUCAAAUUUGUGUUGCAAAUGGUGAUGAAAGUUGUUAUACUGUUCCUCCGAAACCCACACAGGGUUCCUCUGUAUAUAGAAUAAAACAUGGAUCUUUUUGUUAUAAUAUUUGGGACAUUGGAGGCACAGAAGCUGCUAGAAAAUAUUGGGCAGCCUUUCUACAAGACACAGAUCUUUUAUUAUUUGUAGUAGAUGCAUCUGAUACAGACAAAUUAUCUUUGGCUGCUUUCACCCUUAAACAAUUAUUAGAUGAUGCAAGAAUGGACAAUGUACCAAUCUUAGUAAUUGCUAAUAAGCAGGAUUGUUCUAAUGCUCUAAGGCCAGAGGAAGUAAAAAAAGCUUUAGACUUGUUAAGUAUCUCUCCACAAAAGCACAAAGUAGAAAUAAUGGGAUGUCAAACAAGACCUUUACCUGAGAAGUCAACAGAAACAACAGAAUACAACUGGCACCAUGAGUCUAUGGAUGCUGUUAGGAAAAAAAUAUUCUCUAUGGCAACUUAAACUUAAGAGAAUUUCUCAAUUGCUUAUUUGAUGUGUUGAAAAGUACUUUAUACGUAAAGAAGAGAACAAAUAGGUUAAGAAAAUAAAGUAGAAGAGGCAUUGUGUUCAAGGAAGCACAGUGCACUCGAUUUUUUCACAGAUUAAACUGAUUAUAAACAAUUUGUCCAAAUGAAAUUAAACAAAAUCUCUUGCAACUAUAAAAAAAGGAAUAUAAAAAUAAAAAUAUACAAGUUUUAAAUAUUGCUCAUUAUAGUGUAUUCAUAAUCAUGCAACUUUGUUGUACUUUUUAUAUUGGUCUUUUCAAUAUAUAUUUAUUUAAUAAAUUAUUUAUUUAUUUUACAAGGCUAUAAUAAACAUUGUCAUAUUUUUUAUUUUA